CCACUCUUAUGCGUAAUGACACGUCACGUGCAAAAAAAAAAUGGUAACGUGUUCUAUGGAUGGUAUUGUCAAAAAAUUUGUUUUCGAAUCUAAAUUCUGUUAUUCUGGCCCACUCCCUCUAAAAAAAUUCUUGAGUAUAAAUCAAAUAAUGAUUAAAUCAUCAUCAUCAUCAUCAUUAAAACAAACAUUACCUCAAAAUAAUUGUGAUAGAAUGAGCGGAAUACCAUUAUCAUUGGCAGAUCGACUAUUUGAAUAUCGAUGUCAAUUGGACCUUUCAAAUGAAAUGAUCAAAUUACUAGAACAGCAGCGAUCAUUAUAUCGAUCACAUUUUGAACAUUGUAAAUGUCACUCGAUCGACUUGGAUCUGCAACAACAAACUAAAUGGAGAAUGGAUCGCCUACGCCAAAUUGAUGAUCAAUUAGAAACGCUGUAUCGAAAACGGUACGAUCCUCAAUCGCCAUCAUCUAGUGAUUCCGAUGUGAAAUAUUCGAUGUUAAAUUCAUCCGACCGAUGGCCAGAUAAAAGAAGAUCCAGGAUGUUAGGAAUAGAUAUGAAAACAUUUUUGUCACAACAAUUAAAAGAUUCAUCUUACGACAAGAAGCCGAUGAAACCGAAAGUUUGUUUCCGACGUCGAUUCAAAUGUUCGGUCGAUAAAAAAUGUCGUUUUGUUUGUCUCACCGAAACAGUGCUGCUUCGACAUCAGAUCGAACAUCGCCGUGAUAAAUUUUUGCAGCUCAUCCAACCAUAUGGAUUGACGUUAGCGUCAGAUAGUUGUAAAGUGAUAAAAAUAAAAGACAACAGCAAUGAACAUGAAGCUCGAUUAACGUCGAGUCAAUGUUCAUUUCCAUUUUGUACAUUCAAAUUUUCAGCCACUAACCCUGAUUGGCAAUCAAAAUUGUCCCAACAUUUCGAGCAAGAUCAUUUGUCCGCUUACAUAAUGCAUCCAUGCUUUAUAUGCAGACGAAUGUUCGAGACCCAAGAUGAUUUGCAGAGACAUUUCAAUUUUUCUCUCAUUUGUUCGUCUUUAAAUCAACAAGCCGAACAGCCGAUGGAUUUCGAUGCAUAUGAAUCAAAACCAGAAAAUUCAGCCAUUUCCAGUAAACAACUGCAUUCAAUCGGCAGUGAGACAGAGGAAACUUUUGAUGAUGACCCCACUACUUCAAUGAAUGAUUUAAUUAAUGGCUUCGAUGAUAACAUAGGUUUAGAGGUUUUUAUUGAGAAUACAACUACGCCAAACAAUACUGAGCCUAACAAUACAGACGAGUUAAUUUUGGAUAAUUUUUUUGAUCAUCUUGAUUCUGCUCAACAGCAAACAAUGAAUUCGGAUGAAAUUCAAUCGGAAAACCAAUCAAAUAAGGUUGAUAACAUUUCAUUACAAGUAUUGGCUCCUGAUUACAAUUAUUGUGAUGAUCGUGAUCAUACUUAUCAUACCGACGGGCCUUCAUUAACAACAGCGCCAUCACUUGUUGAUGACCAUGAUGAUUACACUAAGAAUAAUGAUGAUCAAUAUCCGAUUUUGUUUGAAACUUCAACAUCCAAAUCGGGUGAAUUCUCCUCCUCUCCGAUAAUUGAACAUAAAACAUCAUUGGAGUCAUCGUCAUCACCGCUGAUUAUGACUAGUAAAAGCAGUGAACUUACCGUCAUUGACGACAAAACAUUCGGUGAUGAUGAACAUCACUUGAAACAAUUGUUCAAUCUUUAUAUAUACGAAUGUACAAAAUGUUCAUAUAGCUUUCAAUCCGAACGAGAAUUUUCAUUGCACAAUUAUAUUGUACACAACAUACCUUCAUAUAAUUGUGGUCGAUGUGAAUAUGUAACACAGGAUACGGAAAAAUAUAACCGUCAUGUUCAGUUGCAUGAUAAAAGCAAGAAUAACGAUAAAGCUGACUGUAACAUGGAAUUGUCAAUAUGCACCAUAUGUUCCGAAUCAUUUUCAUCAGAAUUCGAUCUCAGACAACACUUGAAUGAUGCUCAUCAAAGCUAUCGAUGUCCUCAUUGUGAUGUUUUAGUCAUGAAUAAAUUUGUUCUUCGAUCACAUAUGCAAUCUUUUCAUCCGGAUUCUGUGCAAAAAUGUCCUGUUUGUUCUUACAAAACCUUCGAUCCCAUUUUAUACGAACAGCAUUGUCGUCGCCAUAACCAUUCAAAAUGUUGCACAUUUCCGGGAUGUACGGAUGAAUUCGCCAAUGAAGAUAGUCUUGAAGCACAUGUGAAUAGAUUUCAUCGAUUUACUAAACCUUUUGAAUGUGAUGAAUGUUUGGAAAAAUUUUAUUCAUCACGAAUGCUUAAUAAACACCUUAUCAAUAUGCAUAAACGAUUUCUAUACAGCUGUAAUCAAUGUACAUUCAAAACCAAUAAUAAAUCAGUGUUGACAAAACAUGAACAAUGUCAUUCAUCUGUAAAACCAUUCGAAUGCCAAGAACAAGGUUGUUAUCGACGAUUUCGUUCUCGAUAUCAAUUGUCAUCGCAUCAACGGCAUCGUCAUUGUCAACGAAAGGAUUUUCAUUGCACACAACAAGGAUGUGAACGGGAAUUCAAAACAAAUGCACAACUAAGACAACAUUUGCGUUCGGCGCAUCUGGAAUCCAAUAAUGACGGUAUUAAUGAAAAAACUUCCGCCAAAAUCAAAGAUGAUUUGACAAAAAAACCAAAUAUACAAUUUUAUGUAUUCGGUGGUGGUAGCUUACAGGUUGCAAAUAUUCAUCCACAACAAUCAUUGAUGAACACUGCCAUCAAAUCUGGAUCCAAUCAUCGUCUUAAUUUAAGCAACAAACAUUCGACCAUCACAGGACGUUCUUUAAUAAAAUCAAACAUUGCACGAGAAUCGACAUCUAUUUUAACAACGACAAUCACUAAAAUCGAUGAGAAUGACGUGAAUAACUAGAAAUUAAUCUGACGAAUUUGACCAUUUACUGAAUGUUAAUCACGUAGAAAAUUUGAGAAUAUCAUAACAAAAAAGUGAUCGAUGAGAACGCAACAAGUUUUUUUUAAUGGAAAGCUAUCAUCAUUAAACUCAUACAAAAUCCUUAUCAAGGCGCAUCCAAUUUCCAUUGGUGUUAGGCUGUUAAUUACUGUAAUUAGAUCCAGUUAUUAUAAAUAGAUAAGCUUGAUCACAUCAGACCAAAGUGUAAUUCUAAUUCAUCGUUCGAUCAUUGCUUAAUGCCAAA